AUGCAGUCUGUCUCUGUUUUUCAGAUGCCUUCGCGGGACUCGCUUCCCAAAGAACGGGGAAAGAUCAUAGCUAGUAGCGGAACAGUCACCCCAAAAUCAAAUGUGAAUCACAAACCGAGCCCACGAAAGUCCGUCUUGCAGUCAGUGUCAAAAUGGCUCCCGCCCAGAGAUGAGCACAGCGAUUACUGGUGGAACCUCGUUGGGCCCCAUUUCGCGACCCUUUUUCGCAACGCCGACUACACUCUCGAGGAUCAGUACGAGUACUUGCUCUUCGUUCACCACCAUGUCGUCCCCAGGCUGGGAAACUCCCCAAACCUAAGCGGACUCGGAACGGCGAGCGGAGAUAGUGGGCUGUCUCUCGACGGCACCCACAUCGAGUACAGCUGGAGAUGGAACGAGUCCAAUACCAAGCCCGAGAUCCGCAUGGUUAUGGAACCUUUUAGCAGAUUUGCAGGCACCUACAUGGAUCCUUUGAAUCUCAAGCCUGCUACCGAGAUGCUCUACGCCAUGAAGCCGCAAAUCCCGUCCCUCGACAUGAGCCUCUUCAACCACUUCAUCGGGAAGUUCUACGACGCCGCCCAGCACAAAUACCUGGACACCAAUGAACGAUCCAUCAUGACGAAUGUCUGCCUUGGCUUUGAAUUCUUGGGUCACGAGAUUCUCCCCAAGGCCUACUUCUUCCCGCGCAAGCUUGGUCAAGUUGGUCUUACCCCUAUGAAUAUUUGGGAAGAAGCAAUCUCAACAGCUGUCCCUGAGACUCGUACCUUCUCGAAGGUCUUUUCUUUCGUCAAGAACGACGCGCCAAAGCUUGGGUUGACCAUGACACCGCUCUGGCUUGGUAUCGAUGUUGUCAAGCCAGCAAAUGCGCGCAUCAAGUUCUACUGCGUCGAGGCACGCACAUCAUUCGAGAGCGUCCAGUCGAUUCUCACCAUGGGCGGUAUGAUCAAGAUCGACCCAGUCAUUCUCGACAACGCUUGGGAGCUUAUGAAAGCUGUGUGCAAUCUACCGGCGGACUUCCCUCGGAACAAAGACCUUCCCAGAGCUCCUAGGUACAAUGUUUCGACCGAUGGUGUUGACACUGAAGGCCUGUGGGGAACUUUUGCGUACUACUUCGAUAUUGGACUUGGUCGAGAGGAGUUGCCCGAUGUCAAGUUCUACAUUCCAGUUUGCCACUACGGAGCGGACGAUGAGGCCAUCGCUUCCGCAAUCACGAAUUGGAUGGAAAUCCAUGGUCGGGGUCAAUAUGUAGAUGCCUACUGGGACUCUUUACACCAGAUCGUCACACACAGGAAACUGAAGGAGUCACGGGGUGUGCACAUGUGGUUGUCUAUGAUGGCGUAUGUUUCGGCAGUCACUGACGAGAAUUGUAUCACAAUCUCGGGCUCACCUGACGACCUCCUGCGGUUGUCACGCGCACUCAUCGAAGCUGGGUUUAUCGUCCAGCAGGUUGGCGUUGAUGGCCGAUUCCAUCAUCACAGUUAUGCUGAGGACAUCGAAAGACUCGCCGACUUCAUCAGCCAGGCUCCGGAUCUUCGGUUUUCCUUUCCAAGAAAGCUGCUUGUUCCCGUCAGAUCUGCCACAAGUGGAAACAUCAUUGGCGGAGACCUUGUUCGACACAUGUUGGAGAACACUCUGCUCAAACCCGUCGAGUGGUACAAAACUCUCACGCUCGCUACAGCAUCCCUGAAUCCAGGGUACAAGUUCAUCGCAAUGGCAGGCAUCUCAACUUUCGCUGUUGUUGGUAUGGCAGGGAGGUUUCCCGGCGCCAACUCAGUCGACGAACUUUGGGAUCUGAUAUCGACUGGAGGCGUCACAGUCUCUCGUGCACCAGAAAGAGUUGGACUGGAUGAGCUACCAGAAGAUGUCUCGCAAGUCAAGUGGUGGGGCAACUUCCUCGAUGAGUAUGACGCAUUCGAUCACAAGUUCUUCAACAAGUCAGCCCGUGAGGCCACAGCCUGCGAUCCACAGCAAAGGAAGCUGCUCGAAGUCGUGUAUGAGGCCUUGGAAUCCUCAGGCCAGCUCAGCCCAGAGGCCUCCUCUGAUCCAUCCGACUACGGCUGUUACAUCGGAGCCGUGAUGAAUAACUACGCGAGCAAUCUCACCAGCCAUCCUCCCACCGCGUACGCUACCACAGGAACCGGGCGAUCGUAUCUCAGCGGCGCUGUCAGUCACCAUUUCGGCUGGACAGGCCCGGCAAUGACUAUCGACACAGCAUGCUCUUCUUCGCUCGUCGCCAUUCACACUGCUUGCCGCGCUAUAGCCUCGGGUGAGUGUAGUCGAGCUGUUGCUGGCGGUACGAACAUCAUCACGUGUCCGCAUGAUUACCGAGACUUGAAAGCUGCUGGUUUUCUAAGUCCUUCGGGUCAAUGUAAGCCCUUUGAUGCGAGCGCUGAUGGCUACUGCCGUGGCGAGGCGGUUGCUGUGGUCGUCUUGAAGUCGCUAUCCGCAGCGAUCGAAGAGCAUGACCACAUUCUUGGAGUCAUCGUCGGCUCGGCGACCAGCCAGAACCACAAAGAAGGGCCUAUCGUGGUGCCAAAUGCCAAGUCGCAAGCCAAUCUGCUGAGAAAGGUGAUGGAUCAUUCCAACAUCUCACCUGAGAAUGUAACGUAUGUCGAAGCACACGGGACUGGCACCAGUGUUGGCGAUCCCAUCGAAGUUAGCAGCCUUCGAGAAGCUUUCGGGAAGCCGUCCAGAGACUCAACACUCUACUUCUCAUCUAUCAAGGGGAAUAUCGGUCACGCGGAAGCUGCAUCUGGAGCCGCCGGGUUGAUCAAGGCGAUCCUGAUGUUGAAACACGGUCAGAUACCACCGCAAGCUAGUUAUCACUCGUUGAACCCCAGCAUUCCGGAGCUUGAGCCUGAUGGCUUGGCCAUUCCCGAACAUAUGACACCUUGGAGAUUAUCAGACCGUGUUGCUUGCGUCAACAACUAUGGUGCGGCAGGUAGCAACGCCGUCGUCAUGAUUCGCGAAGCACCUGUGUCUGAACUCGAUGUCUCGAUUCCGGCUAUGAAGUCUUCACCAUCUUCAAAGUGGCCCCUGAUUUUGACCGCGUCAACGGAAGCCUCUUUGACCACUUAUGCACAAAAGUUGCUCGAGUGGUUACGGAGAGAGAAACAGAUCACGCCUGAUAUCCACAUUUCAGACAUUCUUUUCAAUCUCUGUCAUCGAGCCAAUCACUCACUUGGCGACUCUGUUUCCACUUCUGUAUCCAGUAUUUCGGAUCUCGAGUCAACUCUCUCUGCGCUCGCUACCGGAAGUAGCGGCGUGACCACAACGCCCCUUCCCAAACCAGUCAUUUUGGUUUUCGGGGGCCAGGAGAGCCGGUUCGUUGGCCUUUCGGAGGCUGUUUACUGGUCAUCACACAUCUUUCGCCACCAUCUCGACAUCUGUCACGAUAUGCUCUUGGGCUUCGGCCUGGAAGGACUGUUUCCUGCUAUCUUUCAGCCUGCACCUAUAUCAAACCUCGUCAGUCUGCAUACGGCCUUGUUUGCUAUUCAGUACUCCUGCGCAAAGUCUUGGAUGGACUGCGGACUGAAGAUUGACGCAGUCAUUGGGCAUAGCUUUGGUCAGCUCUCCGCCCUGUGCAUUUCUGGUGCGCUGUCAUUGCGCGACGCGAUCAAGCUUGUCGCUGGCAGGGCAUCGAUCGUUAACAGGCACUGGGGUCAUGAGGCAGGCACCAUGCUUGCUUUGCAAGCCGACCGGGGUCAGAUUGCUGAGAUACUUGAUCAGGUCGAAGGUCUAGAGGUAGCAUGCUUCAAUGGGCCUAGAAGCCACGUCCUUGUUGGAUUCUCCGAAGCCAUUGAAAGGGUGGAAAAUCUUAUCACUGGGGAUACUCAGUCAUUCUCUUCCGUCCGUCAUCAAAGGCUAGAUGUCACGCACGGAUUCCACUCAAGAUUCUCAGAAUCCUCAUUACCUGCCCUCAGUGAACUUGCGGAAGGAUUACAGUGGAACAGUCCAAUGAUUCAUCUCGAGAUCUGCAGCGAAACGCGGACGGAAGAGGCUCCCGACAGCCGUCUUGUAGUUGAACACAUGAGACGUCCAGUUUACUUCCAGCAUGCUGUUGAGAGACUGAUGCGGAAAUAUCCACGAGCGACUUGGCUCGAAGCAGGACGGGGACUGUCCGCAACACAGCUUGUGCGGGCGUGUGCCGAGAAGCCAGAGAACCAUUCAUUCAUGGCUCCGCAACUCACUGCGCCGAAUGCACAAGACUCCCUCGUCGAUGUCACAGUCAGACUAUGGAAAGAAGGCCACAGCGUUCAGUACUGGCCGUUCCAUCGUAGUCAGCGGCGGCAAUAUCAGCACCUGAGUCCGCCUCCGUAUCAAUUCCAGAAGACUCGGCAUUGGCUUCCGUACAUCCGGGCCAAAGGUGGAGCAGAGAUUGCAACAAAUCCAAAGCCUGAACAGCCGAAAAGUGAUGAGUUCAUAACUCUCAUCAAAGGCAAUAGGUCGACUGAGGCAUGCUUUCGAGUUUCGGCCACGAGUGAUCGCUUCCAGGCUCUGAUCACCGGUCACGUCAUGUGUGGCCAUGCCGUCAUGCCGGCUUCUGCAUACAUAGAGAUCGCCUCGAGAGCCGUCCUCUUACUGCAGGAAGAUCCGAAUGCUGCGAGAUGGGUUCCGAUAGUUGAGGAUCUGACGAUGAAGGCUCCAGUAGCGUUGGUUCUCGGUCAAGAUCCCCCCAAGAUCACAAUGACUCUGCAAAGUCUCGGAACAUUACGGCCAGCCUGGUCUUUCACUAUGAAGGUUGAACUGUCUUCUGGUAAUAGUCAACUGUCGAGCGAGGCCCAGGACACCACGACUGGAACCGUCCUUCUGCAUGAGAAGAAUGAUCGAAGGGCAGGGCAAGAAUUUGGUCGUUUUGACGGCUUAAUCGGAGACCAUCGCUGGGAGCAGCUCAUGAACCACCCCGACGCGGAAGCAAUGCACGGGAAGCACAUUUACCGGGCCUUCAACCAGAUCGUGCAAUACUCGGAUUCGUUCCGUGGCAUCAAGGCCAUCGCUAGCCUAGGCAAUGAAGCCGCCGGUCAGGUCAAGAUAACAACUUCCAGCGGCGACCCGCCUGAUCAGCGUCUGACGAACGCCCCGAUGAUCGACAGCUUCAUGCAGUUUGGGGGGUUCUUGGUCAACUACUUCAACGAGGCAGUGUCUCCAGACGACCUCCUCGUCUGUCAUCACAUCCAGCGCCUGCAAUUCGGACCCUCGUUUUCUCCGGACAGCGAAGAUUGGCUCGUCUUCGCCAACAAAUCCGCCAUCGACCAAGACAACAUCUCAGUCGACGUGUACGUAUCCGGGGCGAAGAGCAGAAAGACGGUUCUCGUUGCGCUUGGAAUGGAGUUCACGAGGAUGUCUCGUUCUUCCCUCACGCGAUUGCUGAGUGGAAGUACCAAGGGGUCUGAGUUUCAGCACGCAGAAAAGACCCACGAAACGGGUCAGAGAAUACGAACGGAGACAAUCCCAGCAGGUAGCCACAAGCCCGAGAGCAAAUGUCAUGAUGUUCUUCGGAUUGCUGCUAGCAUUGCCGAUGUUCCUGAGGAGAAGCUCUCCGGCGAGGAGUGUCUCCCUGAUAUUGGGGUUGACUCUCUGGGGUCUACCGAGAUGAUCAGCGACAUCGCGUCUGCAUUGAAUGUGACGAUUGAUCUGUCGACGUUCCUGCUCUUUCCCGACAUCAACGCGAUCAUUCAUCACGUCGAUACUCAACUUGGCCUCGACUCAGCUAACGAACACACUCCCGAUCCUUCCUCGGCCGGAGACUCACCAAAUCAGGGAAAGAGUUCAGCUCAGACGAAUGGAUCGGUGUCAACUUCCACUAAAGAUGCACUCCCGAACACAAAUAUCGGCCCUUUCAAGUCAGAAGGCUCCGAUCUGCCCGUCAUCAACUCCAUUUCCAAGUCCUUUGACGACGUCAGGCUCAGUUUCGAUCAGCUAGGAGCAGCAACGCAAGCGUUGGGAUACUGGUCCGACAUGCACCCCGACGAUGUCCGCCUAGUCCUCGCGUACGUCACCGAAGCCUUCACAAAUCUAGGCUGCGACCUAAGAGUUUUGGAACCCGGUAUGACCGUCCCCAACGUCACAGGCGUCUUGUCUCGACACACACAGCUCGUCCAACGCCUGUACCAAUUCCUGGAAGACGAAGGCAUCAUCGAGCAUUUGGCAAAUGGUGCCUUCACAAGGAGUGACAAGGACAUAGAAGCUACUCAUGGAGAGCAGAUAUUCCACGAAAUCAUCGGUAAACAUCCAUCCAACGUCCCGAUCCGUCAUCUCCUGCACGCCGUCGGACCACAUCUUGCGUCCUGCCUUGUCGGAGAGCAAGACGCCCUCCAAGUCCUCUUCGGAAACCGCGCGAACAAAAAAUGGCUGGAUGACCUCUACAGAGACUGGCCGAUGCUCGUGACCGCCACACAGCUCCUCGGCAAAUUCUUAUGCCGGGCCUUCAAAGACAGCACCGGGUCCGGGCCCUUCCGCAUCCUAGAGGUCGGAGCGGGAACAGGAGGAACCACACGCCACAUCGUCGACAUGCUCACGAAACACGGUAUCCCGUUCGCGUACCAUUUCACCGACUUAUCGGCAUCCCUCGUCCAGAAAGCCAAAACUUCUUUUGCCGAUGUCACGGGUAUGAGUUUCGGCGUGCUGGACAUCGAACAAGAUCCCGCACCUGAGUUGACCGAGGCGUUCCACGUCAUCAUAUCGACAAACUGCAUCCACGCCACCCGCAACAUAACCAGCAGCCUCUCGAAUCUGCGCACGAUGCUCCGCGAGGACGGCGCUCUCGCGUUGAUCGAGAUGACACCCACGCGUCAGCUGUACGUCUUUGACAUCAUCGUCGGGCUGCUCGAGGGUUGGUGGCUUUUCGACGACGGCCGGACGCAUGCCCUGGCUGACGCGGAGAGCUGGGGGCGCGCCUUCGCCGAUGCCGGGUUUCCGGAGGUGCGGUGGUCUGAUGGGGAGUCGCUUGAGGCCCGGACUGUUCGCGUGAUUUGUGGGUUCCGGAAGUUGGGGGCUCCGUCGCGGGGACGGGAGGUGGUGAAGGAUGCCGGUGCUGUCAACGGUGUGAGAGUACAAGAGUUGGUUUAUAAGACUGUGGGUUCCCGAGAGAUCUAUGCGGAUGUUUAUUGCCCCUUGACGGCGAAUCCUGCGAAGAAGAUGCCAAUAGCUUUGAUGAUACACGGCGGAAGCCACAUCAUCUUUUCCCGGAAAGACAUUCGCCCUCCACAGACGCGUAUCAUGCUGGAUAUGGGUCUACUUCCAGUCAGUCUGGAUCACCGCCUCUGUCCAGAGACUCGGCUGGCUGAAGGGCCGGUGGUCGAUGUCUGCGACGCACUCGAAUGGGCCAGAACGAAGCUUCCAUACACCAACCUGAUCAAUCCCGAUGUCAGGCCUGAUCCGGACAACAUCGUCGUCGUGGGGUGGUCCUCGGGAGGCCAGUUGGCCCUGUCGACCGGAUGGACGGCGCCGGAAAGGGGACUCAAGCCUCCGAACGCCAUCCUGGGGUUCUACUGCCCGACUGAUUACGAAGAUGACUGGUGGCAGAAUCCCAUCCAGCCCAUCGGGGCAGAGGACCAAGGCGAAGAGUACGACGUCUUGGCCGCAGUUCAAGAUAGUCCCGUGAGCCACACCUCCAUGAGCGCGAUACCUAUUCAUAAUCCUGACCGCAUCCAGAUAACCAACUACACCACCAUCGGCGCCUGGGAACCCCUCUCCGACCCACGCAUCCGCACCGACCCGCGCGCCCGCAUCGUCCUCCACAUGAACUGGAAAGCCCAAUCCCUCCCGGUCAUCAUCGGCGGCCUCCCCAGCCGACGCCAAGCAGCCUCCUCCUCCUUCUCCGACUGGAACACUCUCCCGCAGCCCCCGAUCGAAGACGUCCGGCGGUGCAGCCCCCUGGCCCAGGUCAGGAGCGGGACGUACAAGACGCCGACGUUCCUGGUCCACGGGACGGCGGACGACCUGAUCCCGUGGCAGCAGUCCGCGCGCACGGCCGCGGAGAUGGAGGCGCGGGGCGUGGAGGCUCGCUUGGUGCUGGUGGAGGGGGCGCCGCAUGUUUGCGACGCGAGCCGUGAUGGGGAGUCCGAGGGGUGGCGGGCGGUGAGGGAGGCGUAUCGGUGGCUUGGGGAGUAUGCUUUCUCGAGGGCUGGGUAG